UUUUUUUUCUCUCUGUCCUCCAAAAUCUAAUCUUCGAGCGUUAUUUGCAUUAAGAAGUCUGGGGCACUCAACACUGCGGUCUCCCGCAGAGUUUGAUAUUACAGGCUGGACAACUCCUUUCAAAUAUCCAUGGAUACCAUCAACACUGACCUGGGUGCAUUCCUUCAAUGCACUGCUGUGGAACAAUCCAAAUGGUCUAUUCUUCCGUUUGAUCAGUGUGAAAAAGCGGAAUAAAACUUUAUUAGACAGUCUUUCAAUAACAGUAAUUUUCCAAUACAGUGUACAAGAAACUACUAGCACAGAACAUUGGACUAGUGAAUAUUUGCUCCAAGUCAUGAGCCAACAUUAAUACCCAUGUGAUAUGGAAAACCAAGAGAAAACUUUUCAGCCAGAUGCUGAUUCUGCAGUGAUGGAUUCAGAGAUCGGAACACUGAUCAAACAUAUUGAAUGUCAGAUGGAGCAGGAGUAUUUCCAAACAUUGGAAUCCUCACCAGAUCUCUGUCAUGGGCUUCCAGGAGUCCUAAGAUACAAAAGAGAGUCCCAAGAGAGGAUGUACAGUCAACAGCCCCAACCUCAACCUCCACGGGACUCUCCAAUAUGCUGUCAGUUCUGUGGUUUGAAAGCGUGGCCUCCUCUGGAUCUAGGAUUUGCGGAGACUCGAGAGGACUUCUGCUGUGAGAACUACAGAGAGUUGUUCGAGAUUAUGGUCCAUGAAAAGCAUCUGUCCAUGAGACGGUCUAAGGCACAGUCAAUCGGAUCCGUUCGACUAGAUGACCCCUUCAUCAAUGAAGAUGAAGAGCUACAAGAUAAAACACGAGAAAGAGGAAAAAACAGUUUCAGACAGAGAUAUGACAGAGCUUCUCAUUCCAGUUUAUUGGUAUCAAAGAACGAUGUGCCUCAUGAUAAGUCAGUUAUCAGUUUCCGUCUCUCUAACUGUGCACCCAAAGAGGAUCUUUGGAAAGCUAAAGAGUACAUGCAUGUGGGCGAGAUCUCCGGACAAUGGACACGUGAUCACUCUUCUGCACUGGGGUCAGUUGAGUUUGGCUUAACUCAUCACCAGAACAAUUCAAGUUUCUUGGAGAAGUACUAUUCUAAUGGAGAUAAAUUUUUGACUGUGUUUCCAGAUGGUUCUGCACAAGUUUUCUAUCCUUCAGGAAACUUGGCUAUCAUCAUUCUCAUCUGUGAGAAGGAAAGGAUCUGUAUAGUACGAGAUGACAUGACGACGACUCUUUGUCCAGUCAGAGCCCUCUUUCAGUCUAAUGGCAGAGCCACGUGUUACUAUUGCAACGGCAGCAUUUGGUUGAGUAUGGAUGCUUGGGGUGGGCGGAGUCUAGAUGAGAGCGGGAGAAGGAUCCGAACGUGGAGCUGGACAGACCAGGCUCAAACACCGACACCCCUGAGACCACUCUUUCUGUCGCUCAACAGAAACAUAGGGGUCCGGGUUCUCGGCCAACAGUUGGUGUUUGUGUCAUUCCUUGCUUCAGGACAGCAAGCCAGGUUCAGAGUAGGCAACUGUGAGUCGUCCAAAGUACACAACACUCCUCCUCAACCCCUCAUGUGUAAAGAGGAAUUAGUGCUUCUGGCAUGCAGGGUUGGCCUUCACAUGGCUCUGAUACGGUUACAGCAGUGCCAAGCCUUUCCAUCCAGCCUCACACAUCUGAGAAUCAGACCUCCACCUUUCCUUCACUCGCUGGUCCGAAGGCUGCGGAGUUUGAGCCACAGAGUGCAAAUGGAAGAGCCAGACAAGGCCUUUAUCCAGCGCUGUCUGAAGGCCUGUCCAUGAACUGACACUCAAGCAAGGCAUGAGGUGCCACUUUCAAACCAAGUAGCUUGCUGUGAGCAAUGUGACAAAUUUGCGCGAGCAACUUAAACCCAGUGAGAAAUAAAUAUACGUGGGGAAAUCUUUCGCUUUCGCCUCACUUGAAAUGGCGAUUGCUUGGAUUCUUAUCGGAAUGACUGUUAAAUUGCCUGCUGUUAAAUGUGACCAUACCUUAACAAAUUUGGUAAAACAAACAAAAAAGUUAACUAUAGAGGUUCACUAUCAAAAGUGACCACAGAAAUUAAAUCUUAAAGGGAGAGUAUACCCAAAAAUGUUUAUUAAAUUAUUAUUAAAUUAAAAAUAUAAAAUGAUGUCAACAUUUAUUACACCCUCGUGCCAUCACACAUUUAUUUAACUUAUAUCUGAAUAAAAUAAGCACAUAGUGAAGCUCACUCGAGAUGCAUCACAGGACUAUAACUUAAAUAGAACAAAAACUGACAAUAUUGUAUGUAAAAUGUAACUUAAUAUGAACUACUUGUUUAUUGAACUAUAAAAUCAGCUCCCCUUAUAAAUAAAAAACGUAACAUUUUGAAUUUCUUCCUCAGUAUGUUUUUAAACUUCGAGUUUCUGACACGACGACGACAUCACUGUUUUUCUGCUUAACUGCUUGAUCGAUAAAUUAAACUAAUUUAAUACUUGAUGAUCUUUACAACUGAACUGACUUCCGCUGAACAAUGACACUAUUUUGUUUUAGAGCUGCUGUUCAGCUGAAAUCAACUGUUUGCAUCAUUGAAUCAUUAUUUUCACUAUAAAGCUGCUUUGAAACUGUGUUGUAUAAAGCACUAAAUAAAUAAAGGUGACAACAUUUAUUAAUCUUAACGCAAUAUAUUAUAGUUAAUGUUAUUACAAUCAAAGCUCGUAUCUUUUAAUUGCAUCUGAACUAACAUGAACAGUUGUAUUUGUAUUAAUGUUUAAAUUAGCAGUAUUCAAUUAAAUGUAUUGCUCUCUGUUAAUUAAUAUUACUUGCAUCAAUUACCCGUAAAAGAUCUGCUAUAGAAAAAUAAAGCAAAUCCUUCACUAAACAAACUACAUUAACUGUAAAUCUGCCAAAUUUGAAGAAUCCAAAACUAAGACCAAGUUUACAAUAAGAUUCGGAGGCGGUGAUAAGCACAUUAGACUUUUCACCUGAAGUGAUCUGGGUAAAACCAGACUAACCCCAAUUCUUGACUAGAUUAAUGGCAUUACAAGACAAAUCAGUGAACAAUGAGAUUAUUUAAUAAAGAGAAGCGGGCAGGUUUGCUGAUGGUAAUUAUUUUUCAACCUUUAUUUGUAAUAUAGUGUGCCACUCAGCAAAUACUCAUCUCGUCUUUCAUUUUUUUUUUUGUUUAAAAUGUUUUAAAAACAAUUUGCUACGACAUCCUUCCAAUAAAGACACAAUAUUCUGUUAAUUCCAUUUUAUUUUCCAUUUUCUUAACAUUUUAAGCUAUACAAAGCAAUAUAAAAAUCAGGGCUCAGAUAUAUAAUUAAUGUCACUUAAAAGUUAAAUUAUCAUGAUGAUGGAUGGGUGUAUAAGUUAGCUUCACAUAUCUACUUAUUACAUAAAACUAAGACCAGGGUUUAGCUAUACAGUAGAAUCAAAAGAAAGGAAAAUAUGCCAUAGUAAAUUUAGUUAACUGAGCUAACUGAACUCAAAUAUAUUUAUUACAUAUUCCUUGUGAGCAUA